UACGAACUUAAAUUUCAUCAUUAUUCCUUUUUCCAUCCGAAAAUCAUUUCCCAAGGACAAAGAAAAACAUAGAGAAUUAGAAAAGCAAAAAGUUUUGAAGAUAUGGAGAUCAAAGUUGUUGAAGAUCAUCAACUAAGUACUAAAGAAGAUAUCGAAACGCCACUUCUAGAAGAAAACAAAGACUUUCCCGAUGUAGAAAGAACAACAUGGAUACAAAAGGCAAUAGGACAAACAUUUCAAACCACAGCCCAUUUAGCUAAUCUCUUACCAACAGGAACAGUUCUCGCGUUUCAGCUCUUAUCUCCAAUUUUUUCAAACGGUGGUCAAUGCGAUUUAGCUUGCAAGAUCAUGACAUCAAGCCUAGUGGCGAUAUGUGGAUUCUCUUGCUUCAUACUUAGCUUCACAGAUUCUUACAAAGACAAAAACGGUACAAUUUGCUACGGAUUUGCAACAAUCCAUGGGUUUUGGAUCAUUGAUGGAUCCGCAACGCUUCCUCAAGAGUUAGCUAAAAACUAUAAACUAAGGUUUAUAGAUUUUGCUCAUGCAUUCAUGUCGUUAUUGGUGUUUGGUGCAGUGGUUGUAUUCGAUCGGAAUACGGUGAAUUGUUUUUAUCCGGCACCGUCAGCGGAAGAGUUGGAGGUUCUCACGGCGUUGCCGGUAGGCGUUGGGGUGUUUUGUAGUAUGUUGUUUGCAACAUUUCCUACAACACGCAAUGGUAUUGGUUUUCCAGUUCCUGGUAAUAAAUGAUAACAGCAACGUGUUUAUUUAUUUGUAAUUUGUUUGAUUCUUUCUUUAAUGAUCUCUUUACAU